AUGUCUGAAAGGGGGGAGAGAGACUGGACAACAAAUUUAUUAUAUAUAUAUAAUGGUAUAUUCGGAUACCCUUUUAGACGAUUCUUCUUGGGUCAUCCUCCUAUUUUCAGAGAAUGGUCUGGUUCAACUGCACUCUUGGAUUGGCUUGAAUCCCCCACUUCCCACAUCUUUAAACUCAAUGUUCCAGGAUUCAGCAAGGAUGAGAUAAAGGUGCAAGUUGAGGAGGGAAAUGUUCUUCACAUCAAAGGUGAAGGUGGGAAAGAGGAGAAUCAAGCAAAAGAGAAAGACACUGUCUGGCAUGUUGCUGAGAGAGGGACAACUGGAAAAAGUGAUUUCUCAAGGGCAAUUGAGUUACCAGAGAAUGUGAAGAUUGAUCAAAUUAAGGCACAUGUUGAGAAUGGUGUGCUCACUGUUGUUGUGCCUAAAGAUGCAUCACCUAAAUCCCCUAAAGUUCGUAACAUUAACAUUACUAGCAAGCUCUGAAGUCUAAGAUCAUUUUGGAAAAAAAUUGUUAAGGUCAAUAAUAAGAAUUCAAAGAACAAAAGAUGAAAAGAAGAAAAAAGAUGUAUCCUGUGAUGUAAAAUGUUUGAUGUAAGAAAAAACGAUUGCGUGGUUAAUUAAAGAGUUUCUUUAUCUUA